UCAAUAGUAUGAAUAGACAAUAAAAGCAUAUGGAUACCCCACAUCCUGGCCUACGUCUACUACACUGACCACUCAGAAAAAAACAUCGAUAACAAAAAGAUAAUUAAUAAUUAAAAAAGAAGAAGAAAAUAGAGAAUUAUUUUGAUUAUUCUUUGCUUGAGCUGAGUAAACAGUUCUUCUACUGCUGCUGCUUCUUCUUCUUCCUCUUUUCUUUGUCUCUCUUUUUUCAUGCCCCAGUGCGGCAGUGCUAACUCACUCGGUUACUCCAGAAUAAUAUAUCGAUUUCUGAUUCAAGCUUGUUGCUCGCACUUGUUCCAAGGUUGCUUCUUUUUUAUUACAAUUGCAUUAUUAUUUUAUUUUUGAAAAAAAAAACUAUACUUCAGCUGGUUAGAAGUACUUGAAUUUGAGAAUUUUUCUACAAAUUUUUGGUCCAAAAUCUCAAAGAAAUCUCCUUUCAAGUAUUUUUAAAUUGAACAUAGUUUUUACAUAUUAAAAUUAGUUUAAGCUUAAUAAAAUAAAGAACCUUGUCUAAAUUCAGAUAUUAACAUGGAUGUACUUUUGACAUCAUUCAUUCUUUAACCACUCACUGGCCACUGCCAUGUUCUGCAGAAUUAGAAUAUUUUUAUUUUAUUCAAGCUGGAAUAUCACCGAUAUUUUUUUUUUGAGCAACCGAUAUUAUUUAGCUUGGAAUAUCACCGAUAUUAUUAGCUUGUUUUUAUGUCUUUAAUUAUGUGAAGAAUAAUCUUUAAUUAGUUGACAUAUCACUGCCAUCGCCAUAUGAUUCUCUGUUCAUUGAAUUAAUUACGCUUUUUGCUUCUUUUUCCUUUUUGCAAACCAUCUUUAAGAUGGCCCUCAUACACUUCUUUAUUUUCAGUUAUAGGUUCACAGACACAAGUGUGUGUAUCCACCAAUCUCUACAGAAUCUAACUCCUGAUCUUGGUGUCAUUUCAAAUAAUCAAAUGGUUAGAACAAGAAAAUGAUGAUAAGAGGAGUUUCUAUGGUGAAAGCAAUGGGAGUUGCGUUGUUAUAUGUUUCUGUCUUGUGGGUUGUUCCACAGGAAUGUGCUGGUAAAAGUGUUCUCUCAAGAAACUCUUCUACAUCUCCACCAUUACCUCAGAGGCCAAGCUCUGUAAAUGUGGGUGCUCUGUUUACUUAUGAUUCUUUCAUCGGAAGAGCAGCUAAACCAGCGUUUAAAGCCGCAAUGGACGAUGUUAAUGCAGACCAAACCGUACUAAAGGGUACCAAGCUUAAUAUUGUCUUUCAAGACUCUAACUGCAGUGGAUUCAUAGGCACCAUGGGAGCUUUGCAGCUGAUGGAAACACAAGUGGUUGCAGCCAUCGGUCCACAAUCUUCAGGAAUCGCUCACAUGAUCUCCUACGUAGCUAACGAGCUCCACGUACCUCUCUUGUCAUUUGCAGCGACGGAUCCUACUCUCUCCUCUCUCCAAUACCCUUACUUCCUCCGCACCACGCAGAACGAUUACUUCCAAAUGCAAGCCAUCACAGACUUUAUCUCCUAUUCCGGAUGGAGACAAGUCAUUGCCAUAUACGUCGAUGACGAGUACGGCAGAAACGGCGUAUCUAUCCUAAGCGAUGCUUUAGCCAAGAAACGCUCCAAGAUCUCUUACAAAGCAGCAAUCACACCCGGUGCAGAUUCCACCUCCAUAGAAAGCCUGUUGGUCUCUGUUAAUCUGAUGGCGUCUCGGGUUUACGUUGUCCAUGUGAAUCCUGACUCUGGUUUAAACGUUUUCUCUGUGGCUAAGUCUCUUGGAAUGAUGGGAAACGGUUAUGUCUGGAUCGCAACAGACUGGCUUCCUACAGCUAUAGACUCCAUGGAGCCCGUGGAUUCGGAAACAAUGGAUCUCUUGCAAGGAGUCGUUGCUUUUCGCCAUUACACAGCAGAGAGUAGUAUGAAGAGACAGUUUAAGGAGAGAUGGAAGAAUGGCUUCAACUCUUAUGCAUUGUAUGCUUAUGAUUCUGUUUGGUUGAUCGCUCGUGCCCUCGAUGGUUUCUUCAGAGAGAACAGUACAAUAACUUUCUCCAACGAUCAGAGGUUACACAAAACAAGUGAUAGCAGCAUUCAGUUAUCAGCACUAAAUGUGUUCAACGAAGGAGAGAAGCUUCUAAAGAUCAUUCUUGGGAUGAAUCAUACCGGUGUAUCCGGACCAAUCCAGUUUGAUUCAGAGAGGAACCGUGUUAACCCGGCUUACGAAGUGCUAAACGUAGAAGGAUCAGGUCCACGCAGAGUCGGUUACUGGUCAAAUCAUUCAGGUCUCUCAGUGGUGACUCCGGAGACAUUGUACUCCAAACCACCAAACACAUCUACAGCAAACCAACGUCUUCAUGGAAUCAUAUGGCCAGGUGAAGUGACCAAGCCUCCUCGUGGUUGGGUGUUUCCUAACAACGGAAAGCCGCUGAAAAUAGCGGUGCCUAACCGUGUGAGCUAUAAAGAUUACGUCUCUAAAGACAAGAAUCCGCCUGGUGUUAGAGGCUAUUGUAUUGAUGUCUUUGAAGCUGCAAUUGAGUUGCUUCCUUAUCCUGUUCCAAGAAAUUAUAUACUAUAUGGAGAUGGGAAGAAGAAUCCUUCUUACGACAGUCUUAUCAAUGACGUUGUUGCAGAUAGCUUUGAUGUAGCUGUAGGAGAUAUCACGAUUACUACAAACAGGACAAGGUUUGUGGAUUUCACACAGCCGUUUAUAGAAUCAGGGCUUGUGGUGGUGGCUCCGGUUAAGGUGGCUAAGUCUAGUCCUUGGUCAUUCCUGAAACCAUUCACUAUAGAGAUGUGGGCUGUCACUGGAGCUUUCUUUCUCUUUGUGGGUGCCAUCGUCUGGAUUCUUGAACACCGGUUCAACCAUGAGUUCAGAGGUCCUCCUAGGCGUCAACUCAUCACCAUCUUCUGGUUUAGCUUCUCCACCAUGUUCUUCUCUCAUAGAGAAAACACAGUGAGCACAUUAGGGAGGCUGGUGUUAAUCAUAUGGUUAUUCGUGGUUCUGAUCAUCAACUCAAGCUACACAGCUAGUCUUACUUCGAUCCUAACCGUUCAACAGCUGACAUCUCGGAUAGAAGGAAUAGAUAGUUUGAUACAGAGCAACGAACCAAUAGGUGUUCAAGACGGUACUUUCGCUAGAAACUAUCUGGUCAACGAACUUAACAUAUCUCCUCAUAGGAUUGUUCCACUAAGAGACGAAGAACACUACCUUUCUGCUCUUCAACGUGGUCCCAAAGAUGGCGGUGUAGCAGCCAUUGUAGACGAGCUUCCUUACAUCGAAGUCCUUUUGACAAACAGCAACUGCAAGUACCGUACAGUAGGACAAGAAUUCACACGCACAGGCUGGGGUUUCGCAUUCCAGAGAGACUCUCCUUUAGCAGUAGACAUGUCGACGGCUAUCUUGCAGCUCUCUGAAGAAGGGGAGCUUGAGAAGAUACACAGGAAGUGGCUUAACUAUAAGCAUGAAUGCUCGAUGCAGAUCGCAGACAGCGAGAACUCUCAGCUUUCGCUCAAGAGUUUCUGGGGACUUUUCCUUAUCUGCGGCAUCACUUGCUUCAUGGCACUCACUGUCUUCUUCUGGAGGGUUUUCUGGCAGUACCAGAGGUUGUUACCAGAUAGUGGGGACGAGGAAAGGGCGUGUGAAGUGACUGAGGCGUCUGGAUCAGGGAAAGGUUUACGAGCGCCGAGUUUCAAGGAGCUGAUCAAAGUUGUGGAUACGAAGGAGGCAGAGAUCAAGGAGAUGCUGAAACAGAAGAGUAGCAAGAAACUCAAAAGUAGCCAAAGUGGAGCUGGGAGUUCGCAUUCACAACGUAUUGACAUUCCUUAAAACAGAUGAGAGUUUUCAGCAAUUCAUUAUAAAUGACUAUUAACAUACUUAGGGGGUAGAUGCAACCAUCAUAAGAUUUUUGUAAUAGCAAAGUUCUGAGGAACCAAAAAACCAGAGAUAAACUGUAAAUCUUAUUCUGAUUCAGAUUGAGGCUUGCAAGUGAACAUAA